GCGCAAUAGGGAGCAGCUUUGAGCAGAUGAAAAGCUUAUUGACGCCUCGAGGUUCAAAGUACACAAUUCCUUUGUUACACAGCAUUGCCAUCCUGUUCAGCCGCAGCUCGAUGCGUCGGCGUGCGUUUCGUCAUGGCAUCUCGCGAGAGCUCAGCCUCGCUGCUCACUAGUUAACUGUCAUUCCCUCUUUAGCGCAGUUUUCUCGUGGACGGAGUGUAAAAGCUCACCGCGGCGCAACAUGGAUCCACUGUCCAUCACAGCUGGCAUCAUCGCCAUCCUUGGAGCAGCGACGACGACGACUUCGACGAUCAGCAAGCUACGAGCAGCGGGCAAAGCGCCCGAGCUGUUCGACGAGCUGUCAAAUGAAGUCGAGGCCCUGCGCAGUGUGCUGAUCAUCAUUCGAGCAUGCCUCCGCAGAGUACAGCAUUCCGAGAUUGAGCAGGAAGUGCACGCACGACAUGCUAGGCGGGCUCUUGCGAAACACCCAGAAUGUUGCCCUAGAGAUGCAAUUGGUGCUCGAGUACCAGCUCCGGACCGGCGAAGGCCGCACCAAGGAUGGUCGCACCAAGGUAAAUCGACGAGACUGGAUGAAGUACGGACCCGAAGUCGAACGAACCAAACAGAAGAUCCGUGACGCUCGGGAUAACCUACACACGGGACUGACCGCAGUCAAUGUGAUUCAAGGUGAAAUGACGAGACAGCUUGUCGUGCAGAUCCAAGGAAUUCACAUCUCUCAGCGGGCCCACUUCCCUACUGCACUCUCGCCGAGCCAGCAGCAGACGCUUGCGAAUCACGAUGCUUCCGACCAAUUCAGUCAGAUGGUGCACUAUUCGAGGCCAGGGACGACAAAUCAAACUCCUCUUCCAACUCACACCACACAGCUCGCCCGGCAAACCCGAACCGCUUCUACGAGCGCAAUUCCAAUCCCGGAAAACCAGGAUCAGAGCUCGAUUCUUGUCCCCAGCAACGACUUGGAUUUAAAUUUCCCCUAUGCACAAUCGUCUCCCCUGGACACAAUGACCAUCACGGCCACCAUUGCUCGCAGGCGGUGUCACGUAUCCUGCGACUGCGCAUGCCAUGUACGGACCGCAGGUUGCACACCGGGAUGGCUGAAAGGAGUGAUAGGCCAGCUCAUGUUCAACUACACGCAAGCCAUCUACACUCGUCCUUGCACCAAGGAUAGUUGUUUGAGAGCUUCACACAAGUCAUCCUUCUCGUAUCACUUUCCAUCAUGGCUGGCCUGGAAGACACUUGAGUUCCAACACUAUUCUUCUGGCCUUGCGAGCUAUGGCUCUACUUGGAGUCUACGAGUGAAUGUCGAUAUAACACAUCGUGAUCUCGGCUCCCAGUUCCUCGCAGCCAUCGGCAAUACGAACACUGAGGCCAUACGAGAAUCAAUUACAUCAGGGUUAAUACAUUCGCGAAUGCUGUUCCGGGGCGUACCACUACUUCUUUAUGCUUACGAUUUCAUAAGUCGCGAGGGCUACACUUAUAGUCAUCAAAGGACUUACGUCCCGCCGGAUCCUUUGUGCAAUCUACUCCGAAGGGCGGGCUUUGCAGUCACAUUGGAUGGGCAUGCAGAGCCGCGAAUUUACGGGGAGUUUGUUGUGCAACAUCUUAAAGGCUUGGGUGUUGGUGCCGACGACUUGGCCGACUACCUGCAAUUCACCGCGAUACAUUGUGCCACUGUGCUUCCAGAAGGAGGAGAUGCAUCCGCAUCGGACAUUAUAGACAAUAAUGUGCGAGACAUAGACACACCGGAUGCAAUGGGAAGAACACCGCUCCAUUGGGCAUGCGCCACAGGGUCACUGGACUUCGUACAAGCUCUGUUGGAAGUCAACGCUCUGCCAAACUCGAGGGACUGGGCGGGUAUGAGGCCACUGCAUCAUGCCUGUGAAGGACUGGCGGAAGUCGAUUCGCGUACAAGAGUCGCAGUUUCCGAGACUCUGCUGGCGUAUGGUGCUGAUGUCAAUGCUGUAGAUGAGGACGGUCAAACGCCACUGCACCAAGCACGUGACGCAGAGACUUCUCAACAUCUUCUGGACCAUGAUGCUUGCGUUGACGCACUUGAUAAAUUUGGCCACACUCCACUCUUCUAUGCCCGAGAUGCCGCGCAAGUUGACGUUCUAAUAAAGCACGGUGCCCACCUCGAUCAUAUCACUAACAACGGCGACGCAGCUAUACACUUGUGCUCAUUACUUGGACGCGGGGGAGCUGUGGCAGCACUGGCGCGACAUGGAGCAAAUUUAUACGCUACCACUAAUAGAGGCAAGACUCCCUUCCACUGUGCGAUUCUUGUCAACUCAGACCAGACUCUGCUGGCUCUUCGCGAAGCAAAUGAACGAGACCCUCGGCGAGACUAUCCGAUCUACAACAAUUUAGGCGAGAAUUACCUACACAUAGCAGCAUAUCAUGCUGACGCCAGAACAAUGGCGGAAUUAUUACUCUUCGACCUUACAGGACAUCACCCAGAUGCGCGCGAGAGUUAUGGCUUGACUGCGGAAGACGUGUUUCGUAUGUAUGAUGGAGAAACCUGCUGGGAGAGACCUGGCUUUUCGGCUAGAAAUGAAAGGCGCAAAGUGUGGGAAGCGCUGGUGAAAAAAGCACGAGAGCAAAACAAGGAUUGGAGAAUAGAAGAAUUGGACGGUGAUGACGACCACUUUUACGACGAUGCCAUAGAAGAAACGUACCCCAUGCCGGGAAGUUUCGACACGGCCUGGUCAAAAUAGAUAGCCGUAGCAUCAAGCACAGACGGAAGCUAACCCUUUAUGAUUGACCUGGAUAGAUCAGCAACGUAGCAAAGACGG